UCGUUUCUUGAUAACUGCUUUAAACAACAACAACCUACCACAGCCUUAUUCCAGUAAUAAUAACAGUGAUGCAGAAAUCAACCCACAAAUGGCUUCAACAUAUAUUAUAAACAACAACACUACUGCAAUCAAUUUCAGUCUAUUAUAUUCACUUACUAAUAAUAAUUAUAAUAAUUACUUUCCCGCCAAGUUCCCUUAUCUCAAACACACUUCAAUUUACAAUAAUCAUAAUAAUUAUAUCUACAAAUCACAACAACAACCGCUUAUUAUAACAACAAUUAUACCACUUGCUACUACUAAUCAAUCAUCAGAAUCAGAAUCAUUACUGAGUGAUGAUAAUGAUAAUGAUGAUGGAAUAAUUGAAGUUGAAAUUGAGAAAAUAAGUAAAAACAGAAGGCGAAUAAAGUCAACGGUGAGGGUUGACGCAAGUUUGGAAAGGGUGUGGGGGAUAUUGACAGAUUAUGAGAGAUUAGCUGAAUUUAUACCUAGUCUUGUCGUUAGUCAGGUCCUUGAUAAGCAACCUAACUUUGCUCGCCUUCUUCAGAUUGGGCAGCAAAAUCUGGCAUUUGGAUUGAAGUUCAAUGCCAAAGGAGUUGUUGAUUGUUAUGAAAAAGAUUUCGAAAGUCUUCCUAAUGGUCAAAGGCGUGAUAUCGAGUUUAAGAUGAUUGAGGGUGAUUUUGAACUUUUUGAAGGAAAAUGGUCAAUUGAGCAGUACACUGAUACUACUCGUGAACAGAGAAGUCCAUUGGUUGGCCAACGGUAUUAUACAACUCUUUCAUACAUGGUUGAAGUGGAGCCGAAAAUGUGGUUGCCUGUUCAGCUUGUUGAAGGCCGGAUUUCCAAAGAAAUAAGAAUGAACCUUUUCUGCAUUCGAGAAGUAGCCCAGAAAAUAUGACACUAUUCCUUCUGGUUACUAGUUUUGUGUGUACAUUAAAUUCUUUUUAUGUGCCAUGGCUAUUUGUUUUUUAAGCUACGGGACUACUUUUGGAUGUGAUCCAAUGCAUACAUUAUACAAUUACCAAAGUUAUCAUACUGUUAAUGAAAAUUUUCAAUGCCUUUAGGCUUUUGAUA